UGGCCAAUUCAGCGGAAGUGCUGACAAUGUCAGUGGUAAAAUUGCGUGACGUUCGCAAUUCAGCAAAAGUGUCGUGUUGUGUGAUGUGGCGAGUGGCGAAAAAUUCGUGAAAAUGCGGAAAAUAUGUAGAGUUAUUGUGAUUUUUCUAGUACUAGUGUUACUUAACAAUCUGUGCGAUGGUAAAAUAUCCAAUUUACGCCUCUGUGCCGAUCCCAAAUGUGCAGAACCCAUUUCUUUGGGCAUCACUCAGGUGAAUUACAAUCCCUCAGACAAGUAUGUGUUGGGUUUCCGGGCGAAUGUGCAUGUGAAAAUCUUCUCCAAGUCGGCGGGAUCGGAGCCCAACUUCUGGGGUGCUGAGAUUCAGGGCAGGAGGGGCUACGUACCCAAGAACCUCAUCCGCGAGAUGAAGGUGCUCAAUUCCCAGUUGCAGUAUGAGGUGCCAACGGAAUUAGGAUUGGAGGAAUCUGGAGAGGAGACUGUAAUUGACCAGGAAGCCUCUGAAGAAGUGAAUGAGACUGUUCAGGAAGUGCCGAAAAUUCCUGAGAUCGCUCAGAAAAUGGAUCAGGUUUCAGUCGAGGCGGAUAAAGAAGAAGAUAAAGAGAGUGGAUUUUUCUCCCAUAUGUUUGGUGGAAAUUCUGUGGAAGAGAAGCAAGAACCUGUGAAACCAGAAACUACCACUUCUGUGAGAGAAGAUGAAGAAAGUGAAGAGGACUAUGAUGAGGAAGAAGACGACGAAGAGGAAGAGGAGGAGGAGGAAGAAGAAGACGUUUCGACUGAAGAAACUCCAGAAAUCACGGAGAAACCAGUGAAUAUUGAAGAGUUGGCAAAACCAAAUGAGGAGGAAGUGUUUCAGGAGCGAAAAAUUCUCAGCACCUUUGAGGAAAUUCCUCAGCAAGAUGCUGGUCAUGUGUCAUCUGAACAAGAAAUACCGAAAGAGCCUGAAAGAGAAGUAAAACCAGCAGAAGUGAGUGAAGAAAUUAAGGAGAAGGAAGAUCUUCUCCCUGCCAAGGAGCCUACAAUUGAAGUCACCACUCCGCAUACGGCAGAUACUCAUUAUUUUCCCGAAGAAUUUGUCACUCAGCCUUCGGUAUUCCCGGAUAAAUCUGGUGAGGAAGUGAGUUCCACCGAAGAAGUUCCUGAAUUUAAGCCAAUUCCUGAAGAACAGACUGAAAACAAAUCUCCCGAGGAAGUAAAAGAAUUACAGGAGGAAAUUCCUUCCUCAACUGAAGCUCCGAGGGAGGAGAGGAACGAGAUUCCUGUGGUUGAGGUUUUAGAUGAGAUUUUGGAACCUGUAAUUAAUACCGACAUUCCUCAGGAAUCUCUACCUGCUUUCGAUACUAUUCCGCCACUGCCUCCACAGAUUCCUAUUGAAGAAGUUGUGCCCGACGUUCAAACUCCUUUCCCACCGCUUCAUGAACAUCUUCCGCCUCUGCCGAACAUCGAACCGGAGUCAAUUCCUGAGAUUCCAGUAGUAGAGGCUGCAAAGCAGCCUGAAAAUAUUGGGAAUACAGCGGAAACAGUGCCAGAAGUGCCUCAGACUCUGCCCGAAGUAAUUACAGAGCCUCCACCGGAAACUGUGACUGAAUCUGUUGGACAAGGAAGUUUUGAGGAGAUUAAUAUCAAGCCAACGGAAGAACCGCAAGAGGAGAAAAUCGUGAAGAUAGAGAGUGAAAAGCCCGAUGGAGGAUUCUUCUCCGGACUAUUUGAUAGUAUUACAGAGACUCUCAACAUGAAAGUAAUGAAGGAUUCUGAAAAGAUGGAACAAGAGAACGUGGAAAAUAAAAUGGAUAAAGACAAGAAAUCUACUGACGACUUCUUCUAUCGUCCCCAAAGUCAAGAGCUUCGCCAUCCGAUAGUCAGUCCCCAUCAUCCAACGGCUCAGCAACAGCAGAGGCCUAAAGCUGAGGUGGCAGAGGAGAAAGUGACAAAGAGUGCAGGCAUGACGUUCGAUGAGUUCAUUUACUUGUUGAUGGACAGUCUGCUGGGCAUGAGCAGCCUGAUCCUCUACUUGAGCGUGAGUUCUGGCGCUAUCUUGAUCUUUACCUUCGGCCAUUAUCUCGUAGUGCAGUGCAGUCGGGAGCGUCAGUUACUCUUCCGGCUGAAUUCAAUGGAGCGAAAGCUCAUGGUGGCGUUCAAGGAGAAUGGCAGUCUCAAGGGUGAAUUGGGGGAGACAAGGGAGAAACUGAUGAGCAUUCAAGACAAUUCCUUCGGAUCCAACGACAUGGUUAUUGCACUGCGUGGAGAGUUGGACAAUAGUGAAGCUCAGCGAGAGCAUUUGCAAGAUCAGGUGUUGUCACUGGAGAAGGAGUUGGAGAAUGCAGCGGAAGCUGGUCUAGAACUGAACAGGAUGGUAUCAGAGUUGCUGAGUAAUCAAUCGGGUAGUGAUUCGAUAAUAAGCAGUGUGGAGGAGUUGCAGAAACAGCUGAAUGAACAACAGAACACAAUACUAACCAUCAAUGCUUCGUUGGCGGAGAAAAGUAGAGAGAACAGUGAAUUGCAGGUUUCGCUGGCGAGUCAAUCGGAGAAGUACACUGAGGAGAUCAGUCGUUGGCAGGAGAAGUGUGAGAAACUGGAAGUGGACACAGUUGAGGAUAGGGAAAAGAAAGUGUCUCUGAUGGAGCAGAUUGAUAAGUUGGUGAAGGAAAGGGAGAGAGAAGUGGGAGACUUGAAGCAGAAAAUUCAAGUGCAUGAGAAUCGAUAUGAAGACAUAAGUAAAUCAUUGACGCAGAGUCAAUCUAGAGUUCAGGUGUUGGAGGACUGUAUAAAGUCUCUGAAACAAGAGGUUGGUCAGAAGGGCAGUGGAAAUUUCGAGGAGAUCAUGAAUGUGGCCAAUUUGAAGACGCAACUUGUGGCUGCCACCAAAGAGAAGCAGAUGUUGAAAGAGAAGCUCGAGGAAGAAGCAGAAGCUCGCAAAUUGUUAGACGAUCAUGUGAAAAUUGUGCGGGAAGAGGUGGAGAAGCUGAGGAAGGAGUACAAUGAUGCUGAGAAAGAGCGAUUGGAGGCCCAGACGAGGCUGGAAGUUCUCACGAGCUACUUCAAGGAUAAAGAAACGCAAUUACAGAAAGAGUUAAGCGUGAAGGAAGCGAUGUGGAUGAAGUCUCAGGGUGAGACAACAAGCACUGUUGAGAAAAUCAGAAGCAUGCAGGAUGAAAUUCAGACUCUGAAGUCUCAGAAUGAUGCAUUGAGGGCAGAAAUUGAGGCUCAACGAGCGACUCACAAAGCUCAAGUAGCUUCUCUAGAGAAUCGUGCUCAGGAAUCAUGGCUGUCAGCUCGUCAAGCAGAACGACGACUUGAAGAGUCACGGAUUGAGUCCUCGACUCUGCGUCGUAAGUUGACGUCCUUUGCGGAAAAUGGUGUAAAUAGUAGUUCCACCAAUAAUGUGGACAGUUUGACUGAUGCUUCAUCGCCGCUACACGGCGUUGAGAAUCCGGGAUCACCUCUGCUGGGUGUCCUGCCACCACCACCUUUUCUGCCACCACCUUUCAUGCCGCCACCGCCACCCUUCAUGCCACCCGGUCCGUUCAUUCCGGCAGAGAUGCGUCUGCCACCUCUCGGACGCCUCAUGUCGCCACCGCCGCCCAACAAUCGCUACUCACCCGGACUUGUGGACGACCGCGAUGGACGCUUCAGUCCAGACAGGGGUAGAUACACACCUGAUCGCUACCAUGAUCGCUAUCCGCCACACAGAAUGUCUCCAUACGAGACGGAGACUGACGUUAGUCCUCCUCCGACACCUCCGCCACAUCAUAGAGGAGGCUAUCGCGGCUACAGCGCCUAUUCGCCGCCUCCGCAGCAGCAUGACGAUAGGAUGAAGCAAUUCAAAGGUGGACUGAGCUCGGGAUCGGCAGAUAGUUUGGGGCCACGAAAGAGUGGCGGCAGUGCAAAAGUCUAAGACAUGAUGUGCUAAACUGGGACUUUAUUAGCUUUUCUAAAGAGCCGAAACAUUACUACGAAUUAAUAGAUGUGACAGUAAAAACUAGAUGUUUUCAACGUAUUCAAAAAUGCAUAAAAGAUCCUCUUCAGAGAACAGUUUUCUCCACUUGAAGAGUUGGUGCAAUCGACAAGGGAAGCCCUUAAUAAAACUACAUUAUGAAUAGAAUAUGUGACUUGUAUUGGAAUUUGUAAAUAAAUUUUUAAUAAAUAUAAUUCAAACACCGUAA